AUGUCAUCUACUACUACAGCGAACGUAAUAGAGAAGAAGCCAGUCUCGUUUUCUAAUAUCCUGCUAGGUGCGUGUUUGAACCUGUCAGAGGUCACUACAUUGGGCCAACCUUUAGAGGUUGUCAAGACCACCAUGGCUGCGAACAGAAACUUGACGUUUUUGGAGUCGGUCAAGCAUGUUUGGUCAAGAGGUGGUAUCCUGGGUUACUACCAGGGUUUGAUUCCAUGGGCAUGGAUUGAAGGUUCCACUAAAGGUGCUGUGCUAUUGUUCGUUUCGGCAGAGGCUGAAUACCGCUUUAAGAGUUUGGGGCUAAGCAACUUUGCAUCGGGUAUAAUGGGUGGUGUCACAGGUGGUGUCACUCAAGCUUAUUUGACCAUGGGGUUCUGUACUUGUAUGAAGACUGUGGAAAUUACAAGACACAAAUCCGCCACUGCGGGUGGUGUCCCACAAUCUUCUUGGAGUGUGUUCAAGACUAUUUACCAAAAGGAAGGUAUCAGAGGUAUCAAUAAAGGUGUCAAUGCUGUUGCCAUCAGACAAAUGACCAAUUGGGGGUCCCGUUUCGGUUUAUCCAGAUUAGUGGAAGACGGUAUCAGGAAAGCGACCGGGAAGACCGGUAAGGAUGACAAGUUGAGCGCAUUGGAAAAGAUCAGUGCCAGUGCCGUAGGUGGUGGUUUAAGUGCUUGGAAUCAACCAAUUGAAGUCAUCAGAGUCGAGAUGCAAUCUAAGAAGGAAGAUCCGAACAGACCAAAGAACUUGACUGUUGGGAAAACAUUCAAAUACAUUUAUCAGUCCAACGGUUUGAAGGGUCUAUACCGUGGUGUUACUCCAAGAAUCGGUUUAGGUAUCUGGCAAACAGUUUUCAUGGUCGGGUUCGGUGAUAUGGCAAAGGAAUUUGUCGCUAGAAUGACAGGUGAAACCCCAGUUGCUAAGCAUUAG